AUAUACGCCACCGGUGUGCACUCUGCUACUAUUAGCGACAGUGAUUCGACAUCUGGUGCUUCCUUGAAGUCAUUCUGUUGCAAUUGGAUUACUAGCCAUCUAUCCGACGAACUACAAUCUGGAUAGUUGGUAAUGGCGGGUAUCAUCCAAGACUGUUUGUACUGGGUGCUUUUUGUAGGGGUCGUGUGUCCCUUGAAGGUGCCCGAGAAAUCCCCAAUCAGGCAGACAGAAUAUGGACAGGUUCAGGGGAUAAUGACAGAACCUUUACCAAAGAGGAAAGUCGCCAAUUAUCUGGGAAUUCCCUAUGCAAAACCUCCAAUUAAACGUCUCAGAUUUGAGAGGACGCAGCGGCCUGACCCCUGGGGUGAAGUGAAGUUUGCUGGUGAGCUUCCUCCGGCAUGUCCCCAGACACCAGACAUGUCGUAUGUGAAUCUGCACAGCCCGGGGUUUAACAGGGAGGAUGAAGACUGUCUUUACAUCAACGUUUACGUCCCUGAGCGAGUCUCUCAGAACAUCCCCGUAUUUCUCUAUGUGCACGGCGGUUCUAACAGAGUAGGAAUGGGGGCAAUGCUACGAGGAGAUAUCCUGGCGGCGUUUGGAGACAUCAUCGUUGUCAAUUUUAAUUACCGUCUUGGUUCUCUAGGGUUUUAUGCAGCUAGGAAAGAGGGCUUAACGGGAAAUUACGGAUUCUUUGAUCAGGUAAUGGCGCUGCACUGGGUGAAAGACAAUAUAGCUAAAUUUGGUGGAGACCCGGAAAUGGUCACCAUUGCUGGACACAGCGCAGGCGCGGCUGAUGUAGGAUUUCAUGUGAUCUCCCCUUUGAGCAAAGGUUUAUUCCGUCGCGCCAUGAUUAUGAGCGGUUCCCCGAUUGCCUUUUGGGGAUUGGCGGCACCCCACUGGAAGCCGGGAUACAACAUAGCUGAGUACUGCAACAGAGAUCUCUGUCCCAGAAACCGAGACCCUAAAGAAUUUCGGGAAUAUCUAAUGCAACUGUCAUGGCAAAAGUUCACCAACCACAAUACCUCGCCCAUACCCACAGACUAUCAACAGGUUUUGACGUUUCCGGUGUCCAUUGUUGAUGGAGAAUUUAUCACAGAACGACCGGAAACGGCCAUACAAGCUAAAAAGAUGAACUGUGAAUCAUUUGUCUUCUCCAUUACACGGGAUGAAGGAUCUGUAGAUGUCAGGUAUGUACACGAUAAUAUGAAGAGUAAAACAGGCAAAUUUGACCAGGAAACAUUUCGCCAGGUUCUGGAUUGGUACAAACCUAUCUACCCCAAAGUCUCUAAUCUCGACGAUCUUAUUAUGCAUGAAUAUGGUGGUUGGGAGAAUUUUACAAAUCGCAACGAGGAGGUCAACAUUCUACAACGAUACACACAGAUGGAAAGUGACAUUGUAUUUGUGGCUCCAAUGGUCAAGUUAGCUGACCUGCUGACAUCAGCGGGGGUCAAUGACAUCACAUUUUUCAGUUUUGACUAUAGGUCAGCAAAAAACAAAUUAAGCGACUGGGAAGGAAUCCCACAUGGUGCUGAUCUGUUUUAUGUUUUUGGUUUACCUCAUGUUGGACACCCCGAGUUUACUUUCGACGAUAGAGAUAAGGAAGCUAGUACUAUGACAAUGAUAAUGUGGACGAACUAUGUUAAAACUGGGGUAUUUUUUGUUGGUUCCAAACCCUUCCAAAAGUACUCACCAUCGAGAUCUUACAACAGACUUCAUUUGAGUAAUGACUCACUGGUCAUCAGUGCUGAGGACACUUAUAAACCCCGGAGGAUGGAAUUCUGGAACUCCUUACUGCCAUCAUUAGGUACAUCAGCCCGGAGUUCUUCAAGUGGACAACAUCCUGCAGUAAUUCUAGUGCUCACCAGUAUAUCGUAUUUUAUAUUCCAUACAUGGAGUGUAUGUUUAUGAUAUUUAGACUAAUUAUUCAAAAACGAGAGUAUAGAUAAGGGCGCGUACUUAGAAAAUAAAUGACUGAAGAAUCUGCCUCAUAUUGUGAUAUUAUAGAGAAUGAGAGAGAGAGAGAGAGAGAAAGAGAGAUUAAAUAUGUCAUCUGUUCAGAAUCCAAUCUACUGUAUUUUCUCAGAAAAUUUGGUCUUAUUUGAUUUAAUUCUGUUUUUAAUCCACUAGCAAAGAAAUAUGUAUUCUUUAUUAAAAUAAAUCUUGGAAGUGCAAUUUUUGAGGUAAAAUACAUUAUACAAUCUCCUGAGGUGUGUUCACCUUGCGCGAUUAAUUGUUCAUUAGUUUUACUCCUUUUAGUUCUACUUUUAUUAUCCUGUAAAGAGUGAAGACAGGGCUACGAUGACUUCAGAAUGAAAUAUAAGUGUUAUUUUUUCCUCUGUUACUAGCAUAUACAUAAAGAUUAAAAGUGCGAAUGAUUGUUUUUUAUUUGUAUAUAUGUGUGUUUUUGUUGUGUUUCCUAAGUAACUGUUAGCAGACUUUACAUUGUACAGUUCAGUCAUUAUG